UUUAAAGAUGGAUAUUUUAUACCUCUAGACCAAAAAUUGUAAAAAGGCGAACUAGCCCGCAUGAAACGAUUUACCAUAUAAUAAUCUUUUUUCUAACCCCAUUUUUUCAAAGUAAUCACCAGGCACUAAAGACAGUGUGUAAUGCGAGCAGUGUAUCUUUUGUUUGCCCUUUUGCAAGAUUUUAGACAUUGACGCAGUAAGGUAGUGCAUUAGGUGAAGAGAGAGAGAGAUGGGUUAUGUUCUCCAAGGAGGUACUUAAAAAAUGUGAAGAGGUGGCGUGUGGGGUUGGGAUUGAAGAAAUCAACCGACACAAGAAAACACCUAACCACCUCUGAUUUCUCGUCCCUUCUGGUUCGCCUCCCCCAAGAGAGGGAAACACCACACCACUAUUCUUGGGUCACUGCAAUUUGUGCCUUCUUUCCCUUGCUUUUAUGCCUUUUCUCUCUCUCUGGAAUUUGUGCUCUCGGCUUGUCUCGUGUUUCAGUUGUUAUUUUCGUCUGUUAAGGCUCAUGACCCGAUGCUCUAGAUCCAUCUGGUAUCCGGGUUUUCUCCCUCUGCAACCAUCCGGUCCGUUCCAUCAGGCGAAUAUGUAUUGUGCAUUCAAUUCAAAUACCGACUCCUUUCCUCCUCUCUCUAGAUUUUGGGUCCCCUACUUUCUCUCUCAUCCCCUUAUUUAUUGCUGCUCUCUCUCUCCUUUCCCUUGCCUAUUCACUGCUAAGGAAAUCAAUCUCCCACGGUUUCAUUCAACAUAGGAAACCCGUAUCUCUCUCUCUCUAUCCAUUUCCUCUUUCUUCUUCAAUCAAUGGGUAAUUCUCGCAGGAUUCACAGUUGCAGGCAUCUACUUCAUCUCAUUCAUUUCAUUCUCGUAUUAAAUACUGUGAAGAUAAUUGUUACAGUUGAAGGUAGCAGAACAAACAGCAAACUUGACAUUUCUCAUGCCAAGAUGGGUGGUGUAGAGAGAGGGAAUAUGAGGCAAGUGCCCGGAGGAUUGAAGGCUCAGAUAGGGUCGAGACCUCCAAGGUGCGAGAAGAAGUGCAUUUUAUGUGGCCACUGUGAACCAAUCUUGGUCCCUGCAUUUCCACAAUAUAAGAGUGGGAGAAGGCACGCAGCCUUGGUUUCAUUUAGCUCAAGGUUUGAAGAUAGCUCAAACUAUAAGCCCAUGAACUGGAAGUGUAAAUGUGGGAACAUGAUCUUCAAUCCCUAGCCCCACUAAUUGCUCUCUCUAAUUGGAUUAGUAGGAGAUAUGGUUCUAAUUUUUUUGAUUUUCUUGAUAUUAUUGACCCAUUUUUUUUGGUGAGACAAGAAUAGUUCUUGUGUAUUUAUCACAUCCUUUCAUCCUGUGUAAUUUGAUGAAUUUUACAUAUAUAUGUACAAGGAUUUUUUUCGGGGUGCA